CCGGGUGGGAAAGCCCUUCGCGUCCGCCAUUUUGGCUGCCUCUGUCGGUCUGUUCAGUUACCACGUGAACCGCCGACGGAGACCCGUGGUGGGUGGGGGGAGGCGGCGGCAGCGUUAAGUGAGAAAGGAAAAAAGACAACGAGGGGGAAGGGGGUGUCGGGGCUGGGCGACGCGGUGACACCCGAAGCCUGGUCGCAGCAGUGGAUCGGGGCAAUCAAGGCUGAAUCAGCCAGGGAACGGCGGCGGCGGUCGGACAAACACACUGACGGAGCCGGGCGGUGGCGGGAGCAGCGGGAGGAGCCGGAACGAUGCCGGCCGUGAGCCUCCCGCCCAAGGAGAACGCUCUCUUCAAGCGGAUCUUGAGAUGUUAUGAGCAUAAACAGUAUAGAAAUGGGUUGAAAUUCUGUAAACAAAUCCUCUCUAAUCCCAAAUUUGCAGAACAUGGAGAAACCCUGGCUAUGAAAGGAUUAACAUUGAACUGUUUGGGUAAAAAGGAAGAAGCUUAUGAAUUGGUGCGUAGAGGUUUGAGAAAUGACUUGAAGAGUCAUGUGUGUUGGCAUGUUUAUGGCCUUCUCCAGAGGUCAGAUAAGAAAUAUGAUGAAGCCAUUAAGUGUUACAGAAAUGCCCUAAAAUGGGAUAAAGACAAUCUUCAAAUCUUAAGGGACCUUUCUUUACUACAGAUUCAAAUGCGAGAUCUUGAGGGUUACAGGGAAACAAGAUAUCAAUUACUUCAGCUUCGACCUGCCCAGAGAGCAUCAUGGAUUGGUUACGCUAUUGCUUACCACUUAUUAGAAGAUUAUGAAAUGGCAGCAAAGAUUUUAGAAGAAUUUAGGAAAACACAACAGACAUCCCCUGAUAAAGUGGAUUAUGAAUAUAGUGAACUCCUUUUAUAUCAGAAUCAAGUUCUUCGGGAAGCAGGUCUCUAUAGAGAAGCUCUGGAACAUCUUUGUACCUAUGAAAAGCAGAUUUGUGAUAAACUUGCUGUAGAAGAAACCAAAGGGGAACUUCUGUUGCAAUUAUGUCGUUUGGAAGAUGCAGCUGAUGUUUAUAGAGGAUUACAGGAGAGAAAUCCUGAAAACUGGGCCUAUUACAAAGGCCUGGAAAAGGCACUCAAGCCAGCUAAUAUGUUAGAACGACUAAAAAUUUAUGAGGAGGCCUGGACUAAAUAUCCCAGGGGACUGGUGCCAAGAAGACUGCCAUUAAACUUUUUAUCUGGUGAGAAGUUUAAGGAAUGUUUGGAUAAGUUCUUAAGGAUGAACUUCAGCAAAGGUUGUCCACCAGUCUUCAAUACUUUGAGGUCAUUAUAUAAAGAUAAAGAAAAGGUGGCAAUCAUAGAAGAAUUAGUAGUAGGCUAUGAAACCUCUCUAAAAAGCUGCCGGUUAUUUAACCCCAAUGAUGAUGGAAAAGAGGAACCACCAACCACAUUACUUUGGGUUCAAUACUACUUGGCACAACAUUAUGACAAAAUUGGUCAGCCAUCUAUUGCUCUCGAAUACAUUAAUACUGCUAUUGAAAGUACGCCUACACUGAUAGAACUCUUUCUUGUGAAAGCUAAAAUCUAUAAGCAUGCUGGGAAUAUUAAAGAAGCUGCGAGGUGGAUGGAUGAGGCCCAGGCUUUGGACACAGCAGACAGAUUUAUCAACUCCAAGUGUGCAAAGUAUAUGCUAAAAGCCAAUCUGAUAAAGGAGGCUGAAGAAAUGUGCUCAAAGUUUACAAGGGAAGGAACAUCAGCAGUAGAGAAUUUGAAUGAAAUGCAAUGCAUGUGGUUCCAGACAGAAUGUGCCCAGGCUUAUAAGACAAUGAAUAAAUUUGGUGAAGCACUUAAGAAAUGUCAUGAGAUUGAGAGACAUUUUAUAGAAAUCACUGAUGACCAGUUUGACUUUCAUACGUACUGUAUGAGGAAGAUUACCCUUAGAUCAUAUGUGGACUUAUUAAAACUAGAAGAUGUACUUCGACAGCAUCCAUUUUACUUCAAGGCAGCAAGAAUUGCUAUAGAGAUCUAUUUGAAGCUUCAUGACAACCCCCUUACAGAUGAGAAUAAAGAACAUGAAGCUGAUACAGCAAACAUGUCUGACAAAGAACUAAAGAAGCUACGUAAUAAGCAAAGAAGAGCCCAAAAGAAAGCCCAGAUAGAAGAAGAGAAAAAAAAUGCAGAAAAAGAAAAGCAGCAGAGAAAUCAGAAAAAGAAGAAGGAUGAUGAUGAUGAGGAAAUUGGAGGUCCAAAAGAAGAGCUUAUCCCGGAGAAACUGGCCAAGGUUGAAACUCCAUUGGAAGAAGCUAUUAAAUUUUUAACACCGUUGAAGAACUUGGUGAAGAACAAGAUAGAAACUCAUCUUUUUGCCUUUGAGAUUUACUUUAGGAAAGAAAAGUUUCUUUUGAUGCUACAAUCAGUAAAGAGGGCAUUUGCUGUUGAUUCUAGUCAUCCCUGGCUGCAUGAGUGUAUGAUUCGACUCUUUAGUACUGCAGUGUGUGACAGUAAAGAUUUACCUGAUGCAGUUAGAACAGUAUUAAAACAAGAAAUGAAUCGUCUUUUUGGAGCAACGAAUCCAAAGAAUUUUAAUGAGACUUUUCUGAAAAGGAAUUCUGAUUCAUUGCCACACAGAUUAUCAGCUGCCAAAAUGGUAUAUUAUUUAGAUCCUUCUAGUCAGAAGCGAGCUAUAGAGUUGGCAACAACACUUGACGAAUCCCUCAGUAACAGAAACCUCCAGACAUGUAUGGAGGUAUUAGAAGCCUUGUGUGACGGUAGCCUAGGAGACUGUAAAGAAGCUGCUGAAGUUUAUAGAGCAAAUUGUCAUAAGCUUUUCCCUUAUGCUUUGGCUUUUAUGCCUCCUGGAUAUGAAGAGGAUAUGAAGAUCACAGUUAAUGGAGAUAGUUCUGCGGAAACUGAAGAACUGGCCAAUGAAAUUUGAACAUCAUUAAACAAGCAAAUGGAAUGACUUUGGACCAUAUCUAGUAUAUAAUAUUUUUGUCACGCACCUGCUGCAUUGCUCUGACUUACACAGAACGAGAAGAGUAAAUGUUUUUGCCUUCAAAUAGUGUUUUACGUUUUUUUAUCCUGCUGAAAAAGUAUAUAUAAAAUACCUAACAUAUUACAGGAUAUAGGUUCAGUUUCUUAAAAAAAUUAAAAGCUGCUAAAAUUGAGUGGUUAAAAAAGAAUGCCUAUCUUCUUCCUACCUACCCACCCAUGUUUUUAAACUAAUUUAUAUAAAAUCUGGAGGCUGUUACAGCUAACAAAGCAGGUGUGUGGCAGAAAUAUUACUUUAAAUUUGUCUUGUGAGAUUUUACUAUAUCUCAGACAGCAUAAAUGCUGUUUUAGCACUGGAUUCUUUCACUGAGCACAAAGAGUUGUUGGGGCUUUAGCAUCUGACUGGUUUUGUUACGGGGUUGAUUCUGGCCAUAGGAAGUAUGCAAAUGUGAAUCACUAUUUACAGAGAAACCUACAACAGAUGCUUGAUGUUGUAGAAGCUGGGACAAAUAGAUACCAAGCAGGAUUCUAUGAAACCUAGAGAGGGUGUUCAAAUACGCUUGUGUUUCCAAAAUUCACUGUACAUGAUCAGUUUGGUGUUCUUGUACCACAGUUUUUAACUGAAGGAAUCAGUUGGAACAAUCUCAGUUAUAACUAAAACUUGAAGAACUAAAAUAACAAUGCAGAUCUUUUAGCAUUGUUUUGGCCAAACUUGUUAAAACUGUAAUGCAAGAACCAAAUGCACUGUGAUAUGGCACCAAUUAGCAAGCAUGAAUUUUUUCACCCCAGAGUGAAAAACGGAAAUCUACCAUGGCUUGAAGUUAAAGAGCAGAACUCCUGACUACCAUUCUAUGACUGAUCAAGAGACUAAUAGUUAAAAAACCUCAGCAGGCCUUGUUCACGAUAUGCAGAAAAAAAGUGCUGCAGUUUAGAUACCUCUGGAAUUUUUCCACAGUGUCACAGGUUUGUAAUACUUGAAGCCCUACAUUUCUAAGAAUAUAUUUCUUGCUCAGUUGUUUCAGGCAAGCCCGAGACUUUGUAAUUUUUAAAGGGCCCAAGAUUUUUUUUUCAAUAACAGACCAGCUUCUUUUUCCUGCAGUUACAGAUGUAAUUUCCUUUUUGUUGUCAAAAUGAGGUACCAAAUAUAAUGCAAUAAAUUGUUUUGAAAAACAGUUGUGUGAAUAUUUCAACUAAUCUGUGUUGGGCUUCUGUGGAAAUGUACAGGUGGAAACAGAGGUGCAAGCCAGAGGCGCUGUAGUGUGCUGGAAGGCUAGUGCAGACUGGAGCUCUGCAGAAUGGUCUGGUGCUGGUGUCAGGGAGUUCCGCAGUGCAGGUGCAGGGCCUCUCCGGCAGAGACUUCACUGAGGGCUGGGAUGGCCGCAGGCACUAUGAAUGUAAUUUGUAAUUCAUAAUUUGAAAGGAGAACUGAGCACUGUUAUUUUGAUUGAGAAAAUGAGCCUUAAAAUGUUAAACCUAUACACUGAGAACUAGCCUCUGGCUCAAGGUUCUCACUGUAUUUGCAGGAUCUGAGCAAAUAAGAUUAAGUAAAAUGAAUCAAUUGUAUAUGUAAUUGACCUUUUGUGGUACUUUUAUGAAGAGUAUAUUCUAAAGAGAAUUUUCAGGAGACCUGAUCCUUUUAUGAUUGGACAGUUGUGCUAAACUCAACCUUUCAUAGUACAUUCCUGCAUUCCACAUCCCAGUCUUUCAGCAAUUGAGUGAUGUAAAGAAAAGUACAAACUGAAUUCCAGUGCUUUGUUAUGUUUUAUUAACUGGCCCUGUCUCAGGAACAUCUUAACAGAUGGCAAAAAAACACAAAACAAAACCCAACAUUUUUUUCAGCUUCUCCUGUGAGUGGCAACUGAAGUUCUUACUGUUGGGAAAGAACACUAGUGCUACCUCUGCCACUAAUGAGGUGUUUGGAGGAGGCACCAGCCAUAUGAUAGAGGGUGUAUGUGUGAAUUAUGUUUAAACUCUACUGUAUAUUGAAAUGGAAUUCAUAUAUUUGUCUUGACAAUGUUCAAAUGAUGUAGAUUGUCUUAGAAUGAAUAUUCAUAAGUACUCAACUCUCGAUGCAGAUGCCACCAGUGAGGAGCUCAUUUCCUAACACAUAUAUUGUAAUUCCAACUCAAUUUUAUUGGAACUAUUGAAUAAAUAUUUUAUUUUCUUUCAGGUUUACUCAAUAGUGGAUACAUUGUCUGGUGUCAGGGGACCUUGACAGGGUCCAUUUUAUGUCCAGACAUCACCCCUAAAACAUUGUACUGUACUCUUGCCCUGAGUAGUAUCAACUGGGUCAUCUCACAUUUGCCUCAUUCGUUCUAUUAAUUCCAAAUGAUACUGUGGGGGGGAAACAGGGUUAGAAAAACAAGUGGAAAAGAGAAUGCAGUGAUGUUGUAAUCUAAACAAGUGCCUUAUGUUUAUUGCUAAGAACUGGUGUUAUCAACCCUUUUUGAGAAGAAAGGGUCCCUUGACCUGUAUUAUCAUAGGAAAGUAAAGUUCUUUUUGUUUUUCUUCAUAUUUACUACUCUUGUCAUUUCUCAUUUAAAAAUUAAAGUCUGAGUAGGUUAGUUUACUCAACUUUAGAUAGUUGAAUCAUACAUUUUCAACAUUUUUCUGUAUUAUGCACAAGAAUAAAGUGUGAUCUUUAAUAGCAUGACCAUAAGUAGUCCCGGCAUUAGUGAAUAGCUUUUCCAUGGGUUUUAUCGGGCCCUGGGUUUUAUCAGGCCCUUGUUUUUCAUAGUGCUGUUUGUCCUCCAUGGUGUGUUGCUGUUAGAGCUGUGAAAUGAAAGCUGUGAUUAUUAGAAGAGACCAGGGAAAUGUGGUCUAGAUUCAGGUAGGUUGUGAUAAAUUCAGGGAAGUCUCACUUCUGCACAAUUUCUAGGAAUAUUCUAGUUGCCACGUAUAGCAUCUGUUUAGAAAAAAAUAACAAGUGAAGUGUUGGAUUUUCUUACAAGAUACGUAUAUACUUGUCUUAGUAAUUACCAGCCUUAAAUUCUGAAAUUACUUAAGAGAAUUCCAAGAAAGACUGACCUUUCAGAUGGAAGGUUGUCUUCUCGUUCUGGCUCAUGCUCCUCUUCUUUAAGUUACGGAUAGGGUUUCUGACCAUUCUGCUAGACCUAACUUUGCCGAAUCCACUGCCAAAACAAAGUGUUAGGAAAUGGCUACAUUGCACCAUAGGGAGCUGAAACCUUAAGGUUUUGAUGGUUGGAAAUCUCACAAUUUGUAGCAAUAAAACAUUUUGGAAAAGGUUAUCCUUUAUUGAAUUGCACUUUCACCUUUCAGUAUGCAUCCUACAAGAGGAAUAAAGUAUUGGUAGUGUGGAGGAGGUUGUGAAGAGAAGAAUGCUCCUGCAGAAGACUCUCACAUGCUCUAGAUUAUACAGCCUAUUUAACACUGCUACCUCCAUAGAGGGACAUACUCCUCUUAUGAUAUAGUAAUGGGCAGAAGGAAAGGGAGCAGCAUGUUGUAGGAAAGAGGGUUUAAAGGUUUCCAGCCUCUCAGUUUAUCCACUUGCCUUUGAAGUGAUGCCAUCUUGGGAUUGUAGCAAGAAAGAAAAAAAUGGUACUAUUUAAAUUAGAACUUUACUAAAUUAUCAACUAUAGGCAAGCUUGGCAUCUUAAUCUUUAGUGCUCUUUAUAGAGUUCUAUGUGCCAAAAACAAUAUAGGCUUUGUUUCAAGGCUCUUGCAGCAAAAGAAAAGUUGAUACUUGGCGCUCUAACAAAACUAGUGUACUUCUCACAUUUUUUAUAUCAGGCUUUUCUUUGUGUCUCCUUUAAGGGUCUAUUUCAUACAAGUGGUAUAACUUCCUAAUUGAAAACAAAUUGGUGAUGAAUAAUGAUGGAAAUUUUUUUAUCUGUUAUACAAAGAUUUUUCUGUUGCUGAAUCUCCAGCUAGGCCUCAAUAACAAUAGGAGUAAAGAGAAUUUUGGAAUAUGUUCUGGAUCCCAUGGUUUGCUUUGAGCCAAUCAUUACACUUGACUAAUCACAACUAUGGUUUCCUAACACUGGGUUUUUGUAAACUUGCCACUAGUUUACUUUGCUCUGAAGUUUACUAGGUCCAUUUUCUAGUGCUUGAUGUCUCAUUGUAAGUGGGAUAGGACCUGGGUUUUUUAGUGUUCUCUCAGAACUCUGGUGUUUCUUCCUUAGUGAUUAAUAACUAAAUUAGCUACCACCUCUCAUCUUUUGAACUACCUUUUGGCCUUCAAGUAGUCACUCUGCUGUUUGAUUGCUUUCUAAAUGAAAAGGGGGCCAUUUAUAACAGACCUGUCUCCCAGAUCCUUUUAAGUUCUGAACUAUGGAAUACUAAAUACUAAUUCCUCCCUUUAUUAACAGUAAAAAAAAUUACUAUGCAUUAAUAACAGUAAUGGAAGUAUUCAGAAACACAUUGAGCUAGCAUUAUUACACUGUUUACAUUAUUUGUUCAGAUGUUCAUUGAAAAGGACCGAAGAAUAAGCCAAUUGCUUCACUUGUAAUUUUUUUUAUAACUUAAAAGUUUUAUUUCAAGAGCCUACUUGUUACUUCAAGCAUUCAGUUUCACAGCAUUUUUCUGAGAAAUGUCUAUAAUAUGAAGUUAAAUGUUUAAUGCUUUGGUUCAGACUCAUGUAAAUCCAUUUCUAAUGUGAUGUAUGAAAUUUUCAGGAUUUACACUGGGUACAUUUUAGUAUAAAGGUAUAGUGACUAGGAAAAUACAUAGUGGAUAUUCAAAUUCUUGUUAAACUUGCUGUAAAUAUUAAUAUUGCUCUACAGAUUGUAGAAAAUAGCAAUAAAGUACUAUUAACUUUCAGGUCA